GCGUAGUAACGUCGACAACGGCUGUCAAAUCGUAAAUAAUGGCGGACAACAAUAAAUAGAAGUCGUAGGGCAAUCGGUUGCAUCUAGCGCCAACUGUCCCUUAUUUUUGAAAAUUGUUUGAAAUAUAAGUAAUCAGAAUUAUUGAUACAGAAUUGUACACCGUUAUUUGACGGAUAAUUGAACAGGAUCAACCAUGGAAUUAAGGGUUGGAAACAAGUAUAGGCUUGGCAGGAAAAUCGGGAGUGGCUCUUUUGGGGACAUUUACCUUGGCACAGAUAUCUCGAACGGAGAAGAGGUUGCCAUAAAACUAGAGUAUGUGAAAACUAAACAUCCUCAGCUCCAUAUUGAGAGCAAAAUUUACAGGAUGAUGCAGGGCGGAGUUGGAAUUCCAACGAUCAAAUGGUGUGGUGCAGAAGGUGACUACAAUGUGAUGGUCAUGGAACUGUUGGGACCAAGUCUUGAAGAUCUCUUUAACUUUUGUUCACGGAAGUUCAGUCUGAAAACUGUCCUUCUACUGGCAGAUCAACUGAUUAGCAGGAUAGAGUAUAUACAUUCAAAGAACUUUAUUCACAGAGAUGUGAAGCCAGAUAAUUUUUUGAUGGGACUUGGAAAAAAGGGCAAUCUUGUGUAUAUUAUAGACUUUGGAUUAGCUAAGAAAUAUCGUGAUGCCCGUACUCAUCAACAUAUACCUUACAGAGAAAAUAAGAAUCUCACUGGCACAGCAAGAUAUGCUAGUAUAAACACACAUUUGGGUAUAGAACAAAGUAGACGAGAUGACAUGGAGUCCCUAGGAUACAUAUUCAUGUACUUUUUACGAGGAAGUUUACCCUGGCAAGGUUUAAAAGCUGCCACAAAACGCCAAAAAUAUGAACGUAUUAGUGAAAAGAAAAUGUCUACUCCUAUAGAGGAGCUGUGCAAAGGAUUUCCAUCCGAGUUUGCUACAUACUUGAAUUUUUGUCGAUCAUUAAGAUUUGAUGACAAACCAGACUAUUCCUACCUUCGACAGUUAUUCCGUAACCUCUUCCAUCGACAGGGAUUUACAUAUGAUUAUGUUUUUGACUGGAACAUGUUAAAGUUUGGUGGGAGAAACAGUGAUGAUGCUGAUCGAGGGAAAGUGAGCUCAUCGGCACGUCCAGUCCAUGGCACAGCACAGGCACGAGGACGUACAGAACAAAUGCCCUCCACAACUCCACCUGGGGAAUAUGGAAGUCAUACUGGUUCUAUGGAUGUUGGUGGUCGUUCUGGACGUGCUGGCAAAGAGAAAGUUCCUACCAGGUUGGCGCUGGCAAUGAGGGGCGCUGAGGGUGGGUCAGAACAAGUGCCCAUGGACACUAGAGUUAGUGACAGUAGACUAGCCACACCCUCUUCAGGGGGCAGGAUGAGUUUUAAGGGGUCAGGAAUACCAGUGCCUGUGGGCGGGGCAUCAACAGACAAUGCGAAAUUACGAAGACUUACACAAGAAGGGCGGGGUCACAGUACUUCAAGGCAGCGACAAACAUGAUGUGUUCUACAAGUUUUUCAUUCAUUGUUUACCUAAACAUUAAAUAAAGAAGCCUCCAGGUUUUUGUGAAACGUUUUAAACUGAGAGAAAUAUCCAUAAAUUGUGAAAAUCAUGAAUGUUUUUGAAGUGCAUAUCUUUAAUGCAGCACGAGUUCUCAAAUUUUUAUAUGGAUUUUAUAGACUGCAAGAAUUUCAUUUUUAGCUCAUCUGAUUUUUUGGAAAAAAAUGAUGAGUUAUUGUCAUCACUUGAGCGGUUGUCAGCGUCGGCGUCUGCGUCGGCGAUGCCUGUUAAGUUUUAUGUUUAGGUCAGCUUUUCUCCUAAACUAUCAGAGCUAUUGCUUUGAAACUUGGAAUACUUGUUCACUAUCAUAAGCUGACCCUGUAUAGCAAGAAACAUAACUCCAUCUUGCUUUUUGCAAGAUUUAUGGCCCCUUUUGUACUUAGAAAAUAUCAGAUUUCUUGGUUAAGUUUUAUGUUUAGGUCAACUUUUCUCCUAAACUAUCAAAGCUAUUGCUUUGAAACUUGGAAUACUUAUUCACCAUCAUAAGUUGACCCUGUACAUCAAGAAACAUAACUCCAUCUUGCUUUUUGCAAGAUUUAUUGCCCCUUUUGGACUUAGAAAAUCAGUUUUCUCGGUUAAGUUUUAUGUUUAGGUCAGCUUUUAUCCUAAACUAUCAAAGCUAUUGCUUUAAAACUUGCAACACUUGUUCACCAUCAUAAGUUGACCCUGUACAGCAAGAAACAUAACUCCAUCCUGCUUUUUGCAAGAUUUAUGGCCCCUUUUGGACUUAGAAAAUAUCAGAUUUCUUGGUUAAGUUUUAUGUUUAGAUCAACUUUUUCUCUUAAACUAUCAAAGCUAUUGCUUUGAAACUUGCAACACUUGUUCACCAUCAUAAGCUGACCCUGUACAGCAAGCAACAUAACUCCAUCCUACUUUUUGCAAUAAUUAUGUCUCCCACCACACAGUGGUGUGGGAGACAUAUUGGUUUACUCCAGUCUGUCUGUCUGUGUGUCUUUGUGUGUGUCUGUCACAAAGCUUGUCCGCACUCCAAGUCGAACAUUUCUCAUCAGAUUUUCACCAAACUUAAACAAAAUGUGUUUGACCAUAAGACCUCAGCCAAGUUCGAUAACUAGCUAAAUCGGCCAAGACACUUCGGAAUUAUGGCCCUUGACAAUAAUUGAUGAAUCACCUAGAUGCAUAAAAAUGCUGAAGACUUCAUUCUCAAACAUGCACCAAAAACCAUUCAUCUUGUCCGCACUUUAAGUCGAAUAUUUCUCAUCCGAUCUUCACCAAACUUGAACAAAAUGUGUUUGACCAUAAGACCUCAGCCAAGUUCGAUAACUAGCUAAAUCGGCCAAGACACUUCGGAAUUAUGGCCCUUGACAAUAAUUUAUGAAUCACCUAGCUGCAUAAAAAUGCUGGAGACUUCAUUCUCAAACAUGCACCAAAAACCAUUCAUCUUGUCUGCACUCUAAGUCGAAUAUCUCCCAUCCGAUCUUCACUAAACUUGAACAAAAUGUGUUUGACCAUAAGACCUCAGCCAAGUUCGAUAACUAGCUAAAUCGGCCAAGACACUUCGGAAUUAUGGCCCUUGACAAUAAUUUAUGAAUCACCUAGAUGCAUAAAAAUGCUGAAGACUUCAUUCUCAAACAUGCACCAAAAACCAUUCAUCUUGUCUGCACUCUAAGUCAAACAUUUCGUAUCCGAUCGUCACCAAACUGGAACAAAAUAUGUUUGCAAAUAAGACCUUGGUCAAGUUCGAUAACAAGCCAAAUCGGUUAAGACACUUCGGAAUUAUGGCCCUUGACAAUAACUAAUGAAUCACCUAGACAUAAAAAUGCUGAAGUCCAAGUCAGACAUUUUUUUUCCGAUCUUCACCAAACUUAAACAAAAUGUGUAUGACCAUAAUUCCUCUCCCAGGUUCAAUAACUAGCAAAAUUGGCCUAGGCACUUCAGAAUUACUGAAAAUCAGCCAUUUUACUCUUCAAAGGUAUAUUUAUGGUGACUAAACAGUAUAAAAACACUGACUUAGUGUUUAGAUGAUUAGGCAGUUGUGGGAGACAUGCACUUUUCGCAAAAGUAGCUCUAGUUAUUGCCCCUUUUGGACUUAGAAAAUCAUUUUCUUGGUUGAGUAUUAUGUUUAAGUCAACUUUUCUCAUAAAAUAUCAAAGCUAUUGCUUUAAAACUUGCAACAGUUUUUCACCAUCAUAAGUGGACACUGUACAUCAAGUAACAUAACUCCAUCCUGCUUUUUGCAAGAAUGAUGGCCCUUUUUAGACUUAGAAAAUCAUGGGUAGGACAAUAUUUCUAUUACACAAAAAAAAUCAGAUGAGCGUCAGCACCCGCAAGGCGGUGCUCUUGUUAAAUAUAUAAUGCCAAAAAUCAGUUUUCUCUCAGUUUCACAGAAAAAUUGGUGAGAAUUUGGAGGCAUAAUGCUUUUAAGGUAGUUCUGCAUGUGAGAUAUUUUUUAUUUAACCCUGAUUUUUCAAAACUUCAAAAUACAUGUAUACAUAGACAGUUUGGCGAAUCAAAAAGAUAGGGUCGUGUGCUUGAUAUUUUGGCUAGACUGAUUUGAAAAAUUUGGACCACACACAAGUUUUCGUGAUAUGCAUCUAUGGGAAAAUAACCAUCUUGAUAACAUUUUCGCAAAUAGAAAUUUUUCUACAAUGUAGAUUGUAAUGAAACAUCACAUUCGUAAAUAAACAUAUGGUCUUUAACAAGGUGGAAUAAAAUGUACAGUUCAUAUAAUGCAUGUUAUUGAGAUAUUUACCCUUGUUUAAGGUGAUCCACAAAUUACACACUGACUUUAAGACAUUAUUUAGAAUUAUUUAAUGUGUUGAAGUUUUUGGUAUAUUUUAUCUUUAGACAGAUAGUAACAUUGCUGAUUAAAACGGUAAUUACAUAAAUUUACUCAAGGGUUGCCAUUAAUUCGUAAAUAAAUAAAUGUGGCAUAAAACGAUUUUCAUUUCUGUAUACCUAGACCAGGCUUGAUUCUGCUUUAUCCGUAUUUAAUGAUGUUACACCAUUACUUCGGGUUUAUCAAACAUGCAGAGCUACCUUAAGAUAAGUAAUAAUACCAAAUAUAUAGAAUAAUAAGUGAGACCUGAUUUAACUUUCACAUAUAAAUGAACUGGUUAUUGUUGUAAAGUGGUUUACAAAAAAGAAAUUUUAUUGUCACAUUUAGUUACAUUUUUUCGAAAUAUGUUCAAUAUUGUGCUGUUUGAAAUGUCUACAUGUUAAACAACAAAUGUUAAAAGAACUACUACUGUGAAAUCAUUUCAUUUCGUCGGCACAACAUUUCGUGGUUUUGGCCAAAAUGGCUGUUUCGUGGGGAUGUAAAUUCAUUGAUUUUUAAUUUUUGUUUAAAAAAAUCAUAAUUUCCGCAGGAAAAUAUCUACUAGUACUUCUGCCCUUACAUGUAAAACCUUUGCAGUCUUCGCCGCGGGAGAUUAGCGAGUGAUCAUGUGCCAAUUAACGACCGCGUUAUCUAUAAUAAUAUGACCCCAAUUUGCAAAACUUUUUUUAAAUUGUGAAAUAUUUAAUAAGAAAAGUCUGCGCCAAUUAAAAAGUGUCAAAACUGUAGCACCUUAGCAUUCAUAAUCGAUCAGCUCGCUCUAGUUAUUGUAGUGCAAAUUAAAACAAACUGUAACAUGUAUAACAGAUUUAAAUAAUUUUGUUUUUAUUCCGUAGUACUAGUAUAACAAUAGUAAUCGUUACAUAAAGUAUUAUAAAUGGGUCCGACUUUUUUUUUUGCAAAAUGAAUGGCGCGUCUGCAUCUAAAAUUACAAGCUGUUGAACUUGUGCAUGUGCUUUUUCUUGAUGAGAAACGUGUAAUGUGAAUUAAGUAUUAAUGCAUUGGACGCAAAUCUAGCAAUUAAUUUAUAAUAUUUAAUAGGUCCAAAUUCAUAGUAUUUUACAACAAAGCAGUAAUAAUAAAGGCUAGUGUAUAAACAUUGCAUAGCGGAGCCGAAAAAAAAUCAAAUAACAGCCGUAUUAUAGUGCGACUGGCACGUGACGCUACGUCAAACUUCUAUUUUUAGUAUCUACUUCUAGUUUGACAAGCAUAUCAUAAACAAACCACAGGUACAUUUCUAAAUAAAAUAGUCGGUUUUGUUUCCACGCAUACCAAAGUUUAUCGUUGAUGGAGCCUCCUUAAACUACACGAAAGCUGCAGGUUAGUACUGCCGCAUGCAUACAACUACGGAUCAGAUCGAACGGCAGUGGUGUCUGUUUUUGGCGACUUUGCGUACAAUUAAAAAUAUCGUGGGCACAAUUUGUUCGUUGGGACUUAAAUUCGUGGUUGAGCUCAACCAGGAAAUCCGCAAAAAUUAAUCCCCCACAAAUAAUAAUGAUUGCACAGUAUAUCAGCUGCCAGGUUCUACAACUCCAGUGGGGAAUGACAGUGAUUUAUUAAAGAAAUGGUUAGUAAUGAUCUAGUCUUGUAUAUGUUUCUGUCGUUGGCAGUUACUGAAGAAGGAACAAUUGAUGAUUGCGUUUGUCUGCUAUUUUAGAAAACAAGUUCAUUCUUCGAUAUAAGAAAUAGUUGCUGCACGAAGGAUAUUGUUUUCAAGAAUAGCAGCCAUUAAAGUCAACAUUUCAGUUUAAUAACUGGAAAUGAGACAAUAUCAGUUGUGAGAGCCCUCUUUUUCCUAUUUAUAGAAGACAGCUGUUAAAGUUAAUUAGCAGGUUUCAAAAUAAAAGCUAAAGGUGUUGAACUUACCUGUAAACUGAUCAAUUAAUGAUGACUAAAAUAUAAAUGCAGUUAAGUGAAAAAUAAGAAUAUCAAAACUGGCUGGUCAGUUUUUAUAUAUACCUUCGAAAAGAAGUGUUUAAUAAAAGCUGUCAUUCCAUGAAAUUAAGAAAUUUAUGUCCUUUUAGUGUUAUCAACAGUCUGUCACCUAUCGGCCAUAGUUGUGUGGCAAUCAGUUGGCAUGAAAAGAUUUUAUAGCAGAUUUUAUAAAGAUACAUGUAUAUGUAUUUAUGGAAAUACUAAAAUAUUAAAUGUAAGUAAUACUGUACUGUUAGGAAGAUGUGUUUCGCUUUGCUUACAGGUACUUUUGUCAUUUAGUCUAAUAUACUUUUGUCAUUUAGUGUAAUAGAUAAAUAUUGUGAUAUUUUGUAUAUACUUGUAUCAUAUAAUUUGUAAAUAUACAAAUUUACCCUUGUACAUAAUCAUAUAUAAGAUUCAGGCAUUAUAUGUACAUUAUUAUUGGAGAAAGUUUGUAUGAAAGUGAGUAUUUUUAUACGCCCAAAGGGACGUAUUAUGUUAUGACCCCGGUGUCCGUCUGUUAGCAAAUUUAUGUCCGUUCUGUAACUCUUGAACCCCUUGAAGGAUUUCAAGAAACUUGACACAGAUGUUCACCACAUCAAGACUACAUGCAGAGCGCAUGUUUUGGAUGGCUCGCUUCAAGGUUGCACUUAGAGGUCAAAGGUCAUAUGACUUUUGUUUCGUGUCCACUAUUGAACUGCUUAAAAGAUUUUCAAGAAACUUGGCACAAAUGUUCACCACAUCGACAUGACAUGCAGAGCGAAUGUUUCAGAUGGCUCGCUUUAAGAUCAAGGUCACACUUGGGGGUCAAAGGUCAUACCUACAGGCGUAUAUUACUCCGCAUUGUGGUGCUCUUGUUGUUUAUGUUAGGCAGGUGUAUGACAGUGGUUGUUUUAAUGUUUAUAAAUAACAAUCAUAUUUGGAACAUUGUGAGAUUGAGGUAACGGCUUUCAAAUUUGUCAGCAAUAAUAGAUUUUGGUGCAGAAAGCAUUGAGAUUUACCUCAAGUAUUUUUUUAUGCCCCCGAAGGGAGGCAUAUUAGUUUUCAACUGUCCGUCUGUUAGUUUGUUCGUUCGUCACAAGGUUAACUUUUUGCAUGAAGGCACUUUACUCGUUUGCACCCAGGACCUUCAAACCACAUGCUGAUAGUACUUAUUGAGUACACGACCCCUACUGACUUUGGGGUCACCAGGCCAAAGGUCAAGGCGCUGCGGGGGCAUUUGUCACCAUUAGUGACAGCUCUUGUUUAAAAUUAGAACUUUUUACUAUGUAAGUAAUUGGCAAUAAAAAGUGAAGGAAAUGUGACUCGGCAAGUCUAAGGCAAAGUAAAAUAUAUGACUUUUUUGGACAUUGGUAAGUUUUGUAACAUUUAAAAACAUGUUUUCAGAAUGGCCCUGUUAUGGAUCUGAAGUCUGUCAUAACGGCAUGCUACCUCGGCCAAUACACCAGUUCCAGCUAUUACUUGGCCAUUGUGAACACAUGUUUAAUUAUGUUAUUUGGUUAAUUGUUGUUUUUAGCUCACCUGAGCCAAAGGCUCAUGGUGAACUUUUGUGAACACUCGAUGUCCGUCGUCGGUCGUACGUAAUGCGUCAUGUGUCCUUCAACAAGUCCUAAAAAAAAUCUUCUUGAAAACCACUGGGCAGAAUUACACCAAACUUAACAGGAAUGAUCCUUGGGUGGCCCCCUUUCAAAAUUAUUCGCAGAAUUGAAUUCCAAGCAGAACUCUGGUUGCCAUGGCAACUGAAAGGAAAAACUUAAAAAAUCUUCUUGUCCAAAACCACAGGGCCUAGGGCUUUGAUAUUUGGUAUGUAGCAUCAUAUAGUGGUUCUCUACCAAGAUUUUUCAAAUUAUUCCCCUAGGAUGAAAUAUGGCCUCGCCCCAGGGGUUACAUGGUUUAUAUAGACUUAUAUAGGAAAACACUUUAAAAAUCUUCUUGUCUGAAACCGCAAGACCUAGGCCUUUGAUAUUUUGUAUGUAGCAUUGCCUUAUGGUCCUCUACUGUACUUACUCAAAUAAUGCCCUUGGGAUAAAAAGAGGCCCUGCCCCGGGGGCCCCAAGUUUUACAUAGACUUAUAUAGGAAAAUUUUUCAAAAAAUCUUCUUGUCUGAAAGUUCAAGGCUUAAGCCUUUGAUAUUUAGUAUGUAGCAUUGCUUAGUGGUUCUCUUAAGAAGAUUGUUCAAAUUAUGCCCCUGGGGUGAAAAGAGACCCUGCCCCAGGGGUCACUUGUAUAUAUAGGAAAAGACUUCAAAAAUUAUCUGAUCAUAUUUGCUAGACUGUUUAAUUAUAAUUACAUGAUGACCCCAAGUAAUUAGGGGUCACUUGACUGUGACUUUGACCUACUGACCUACGUUUUUGUUUUUUAAGAGACAGCCUUGAAAUUUGGAUGACAUAUACAGUUUUGCACACCGAUCUUAACAGCAUAGAAAUUUGGACCAUGUCAAUAAUUUUCGAUAAAGAUUUCAAUACUCAUCUUUAAUGUUCCUAGCCCUGACCUACUGACCUACUUCCUUGUAUUUGAAGCUAAAGCAAAAAGAUUUGGACCACAUGUAUAAUGUUUGAUAGAUUUCAAUACUCACCUUGAAUAGUCUUAAUCAUGACCUACUGACCUACUUUUUCAUUUUUGAAGUUACAGUAUUGAAAUUUGUACCACCUGUAUAAUUUUUUUAUAAUCGUGACCUUCUGACCUACUUUCUUGUUUUUAGCUCACCUGAGCCAAAGGCUCAUGGUGAGCUUUUGUGACCGCUCAAUGUCAGUCGUACAUCGUGUGUCGUGUGUCCUUCAACAUUUUCUAAAAAAAUCUUCUUCUUUAAAACCACUUGACAGAAUUACACCAAACUUCACAGAAAUGAUCCUUGGGUGGCCCCCUUUCAAAAUUGCUCAAAGAAUUGAAUUCCAUGCAGAACUCUGGUUGCCAUGGCAACCGAAAGGGAAAGCUUUAAAAAUCUUCUUGUCCAAAACCACAGAGCCUAGGGCUUUCAUAUCUGGUUUGUAGCAUCAUCUAGUGGUCCUCUACCAAAAUUGUUCAAAUUAUCCCCCUAGGGUCAAAUAUGGCCCGCCCUGGGGGUCACAUUGUUUAUAUAGACUUAUAUAGGGAAAACUUUGAAAAUCUUCUUGUACAAAACCACACGGCCUAGGGCUUUGAUAUUUGGUAUGUAGCAUUAUCUAGUUAUCCUCUACCAAGAUUGUUCAAAUUAUCCCCCUAGGGUCAAAUAUGGCUCCGCCCCGGGGGUCCCAAGUUUUACAUAGACUUAUAUAGGAAAAAAAGUUUAAAAAUCUUCUUGUCUGAAACCACAACACUUAGACUUUGAUAUUUGGUUUGUGGCAUUGUCUUAUGGUCCUCAACCAAAAUUGUACCCCUGGGGUGAAAAAAGGCCCUGCCCUGGGGGUCCCAAGUUUUAUAUAGACUUAUAUUAGAAAAAACCUUAAAAAUCUUCUUGUCUGAAACCGUAAGACCUAGGCUUUUGAUAUUUGGUUUGUGGCAUUGUCUUAUGGUCCUCAACCAAAAUUGUACCCCUGGGGUGAAAAAAGGCCCUGCCCUGGGGGUCCCAAGUUUUAUAUAGACUUAUAUUAGAAAAAACCUUAAAAAUCUUCUUGUCUGAAACCGUAAGACCUAGGCUUUUGAUAUUUAGUAUGAUGCAUUGUCUAGUAGUCCUCUACCAAAAUUUUUCAAAUUAUGUCCCUGGGGUUAACAGAGGCCCCUAGUGAUGGGCCGAUUAGCGGAUAUAAUCGAUUGACGGCUAGAAAAGUCCAACCGAUUCCGAUAAUCGAUUAUGUUUUCUCAGAGUCGAUAGCGGGUACGAAUCUACACGGGUAUGGACGAAGGUUUCCGAAGGGAAAUACGGUGCGUGAGAAUUUAUGUUUACCUGGAAAUAUCCGAAAUAUGGACUACCUGCAUACAUAACGGAUAAAACAGAAGUAUGCCGACAAUCAAAUGUUAGUAUUUCGUUUCAGUUAUCCAAUGAAAAUGGAUUUAACAUCUUACAGUUAGGUACAGCUGUUAACAUGGUGGCGUCCAUAGCGUCAAUAAAAGUGGGGCAAAAUAAAUUAGAGAAACUUUGAUAAAUUUUCGUAUUUUACAACGGUAUGCCUGAGGGAAUUUAUCUGUUGAAACUGGACACUAAUGCCGUUAGAUUUCCGUGUCCAUAAUGUAAUUUCAAUGGAAAGAACUUUGGUGUUUUUAUGCAGUUGCAGUUGUCAUCGAGUUGUCAUGAUUUUUUUCUGCCGAAAUUCCGUUUACCCAGUACCGCUGACCAGUGUACAUAUGGAAACAGAUUAAACUCUGAUUUUUAUCUGAUCAUUUUUUACCAAGCUUCAUGACAUUGUUAUAUGCCAUAGCAACAAGCAGUUGGAACAUGGUGCUACUCAGUAGUGUCAGGCUAUGGUAACCAUUGUAUGAAAAUAUUUAUAUUACCGAAAAAUAACUGAAUUCAUUUAAUGAUUUUCUACAAUCACUAUUUUUGUCAGCCAGAGAAAGACUGAAAUAUCUGUACUUCCUUGCUGUAUGCUAGAUAUGUUACAGGUACAGGUAUACCAGUCAACUGUCACAAAUGACAGCUAUGAGUAUAUGAUACAUGUACACCAGAUUGCAAUCAUUGUUGUUUCCCUGUCUGCAACUAAUUAGUCAUUACUAAACAAGUUUCUGUUUACCAGGAACCAGCUUUAAAACAUCUGAUUAAUGGUAGUUCUUUAUUUUUCAAAAGAGCAUAUGAAUUUUAAGUAAAACAGUCAUUUUAAAGACAUGACUAUCUGAAUAAACAAGUAUGAAAAUAAAUAACAUUCAACCGAUUAUUUUUCCGAUACAUCGCAUCGGUUUGCUAACCGAUUCCAACCGAUAAUCGGUUGGAGUUUUCCAACCGAUGUCCCAUCACUAGAGGCCCCGCCCUGGGGUCUUUUAGUUAUUAUUUGAGUAAUAUAGGAAAAAAUACUUAAAAAAUCACUUGAUCCUAUUUCCAAGACUGUUUAAUUAUAAUCACCUGAUGACCCAAAGUAAUAUGAUGUCACUUGACUGUGACCUUGACCUACUGACCUACUUUCUUGUUUUUAAAGAUACAGCCUACACAGUUUUGUACACCAAUCGUAAAACUGAAUUUCAUUGACCAUGACUAUGACCUACUGACUUUCUUAAUAUUUUAUCAUCAGUUUGACAUUUGAAACAUGUAGCUCAUAUUACUCAGGUGAGCGAUCCAGGGUCAUCAUGACCCUCUUGUUGAAGAUACAGCAUGGAAAUUUGGACCACAUGUAGAACUUUUGAUACAGAUUUCAAUACUCAUCUUAAAUAUUAUUAACCUAGACCUACUGGCCUACUUUCGUGUUUUUGAAGCAACAGCAAAGAGAUUUGGACCACCUGUAUAAUUUUUUAACAGAUUUCAGUACUUAUCUUGAAGAAUCUUUACCAUGACCUUCUCAACUAGUUUUUUGUUUGUUUUUGAAGCUUUACCAAGAAAUUUGUUCAAGCGAGCAGUUAAACUCAGGUGAGCGAUAUAGGGCCAUCAUGGCCCUCUUGUUGAUUUAAUAGUGUCAGUUAAAUAUCUAGAAUUGCCUGGAAAAAAAUACCUGGGAUUAACAUUCUUAGUGACUUUGGCAGUGCUCUGAAAAAAUGUUUGAGGAAUUAAAGGCUGUAUUGGACAGGACGUUAUUACAAGAAGUCCCAUUUUGCCUCUUCAUUACAGACGUGUCACUGCACAAUCAUUAAAUUUGCUGUAUACGGCCUGAAGACUGUUUUCAUGUUGUCCUUUACUUGUUCAUAUGGAAAGUUUCAUAAAGAAAACUUACAUAAUAAUAAAAAUAAUUAUUAUCUAUUUGCUGCUUGAAAUAAAAUUUUGCUGAUGUAGUCCAAAAAACCUUGAGCAUCACAGUAGGAGCAGGGCAUCUGAAUAUGCAUAUACAUUUGUAGUUAAGACAAUAAUUUUAUUCAAGAGAAAAUCACUGUUCGAGAUACCAGUACAUUAUUUCGAUUCUAACACAAAACUUCAGGAUGUUCGCCAAAUAUGUGCCUGUUUGGUGUGGUUUCCUUUUCCAUUGUGCCACUAUGAUGUAAUGAUUAUGACAUACAAAUAGUGAUUUGUUACAUGAUAACUCCUUUGUUUAAAGGGAAAAACAAAUCUGGUCAUGUUAGAAUUCAGUGUUACAUAUUUGAUUAUAAACUUCUACUGAAGUUGUGAAAAAUUCUAAUGUCACUAUCACAUUAUCUAUAGUUUCCAACACUUACUAGUUUCUGGUUAUGAAAGCAUUAUGUUGUUGCAAAAACAUAAAAAAUGUCACCUAAACUUUGUAAAUAUACAUGUAUUUGUAUAUUUUAAAGAUAAAAAAUUGAUAAAAUAUAUUUUCUCCUAUUUUGGUUUAUAAUAAAACUCGGGUUAAUUCUGGAUCCCCAUUCAUGUAUCAAGGGAAGUUGUUGUUGCAUUUAUUUCCUCAUUGAGUAAAUGAUGGCAAAUAGAUUUGUAAAUAAAAAUUAGAACUGUACAUAAACAUUAGCUAAGUAUAAGAUAUCCUGACGUAUUCCAUGGUAAAAUGAAUUUGAUGUGUAAUAGCUCAUGCUAGAACCUGUUGAGAAUGUAUUUGAGUGGAACAUUAGGCUUCAUCAAAUUUAAUAUCAAGAAAUCUACCUCAGUAAAGAUCAGUACAAUUAUGAAUGCUUUACAGGGUUUAUCUAAAUGCUGUUUAUAUGCAAGAAAAAAAUCACAAUGUAAUCAUUUUAUUUCUUUCGUCUGUAGCUUCACUAUUUAACUAAUAUAUUUUACCAUGUUUAGAGUUGGAGCAUGUGAUGCAAGUAAACAGAGUUUAGUAAAUGUAAAAGAACAGAGCAAAGUUUUGUAAAAUUUGAACAUUUAAAGUAGUGGACCGGUAAUAACUGUCAAUAUUUUAUGUUUGAUUACUUCUUCAUUUUAAGUGAUUUCCACAUUUUCCUGUUGUCAAGGAAACCAAUUCUAGUGUGAGCUACUUUUACAGCUGAUGAAUGCUGCAACAACAGAUAAGAAAACAGAAUGGUACAGAAAUUCCUAAAUGCCAUUACGGGUCAUAUAACUUAGUAUUGAAGUAUUUAUUUGCUGCUUGCUGGAAAAUAUUACUUCAGUUUUCAUUUUAGUUUUAAUAUUUUACACACGAUGUAUCAGGAAAUAAAAACAGUUUUCUAGUUAGGUUGCAUAUUGUAAUACGUAAUUUAUUGUCUGAAGAUAUAGGGUUCUAUGAUUAACUCUGUAAAAUGUUUGUUUUCCCCAACCAUGAUAAAGUCAAUACUUACCAGCCUUGCUGGACAAUAGACAAAACUAUUUGCCAGAGGUCUGAAAGACCAAGGGUUAAUAUAUUUGACUGUUAACCAGUAAGCUAUUCAAUUAGUGUUUGUUACAUGGUAAUUUCAAAUUUUUCUCUCAGUUUUAGACCAUGUGUUGAAAUAUUGGCCAGUAAAUUAUAAAAUAGCACAAAGUAAGGACUGGCGAUUUAUAUCAGUUGUGUGAUAAUAGCCAAUAUUUAACAGUGCUUGAACCUUUGUACAGUUUUACCAACUGUUCAUUGUUUUAUCAGAUGAAUGAGAGUUAAGAAUUGUAAUAGUCACCAAGUGCUCAUUAUUAUUACUUCUGUCUUGUCAUAUGAUUGUAAAUUCUGUUAUUUUACUGUGUUAUUAUAUUGUUUUGUGAACAUAAACUAUAAAACUGACAAUAUAAAUGAUUUAGAAAUUAA